GCGCAGUACCAGGAGGAAUAUGCAGCAGCUACGGGCACCAACCGGCAGAGGGCGCAGUACCAGGAGGAAUAUGCAGCAGCUACGGGCACCAACCGGCAGGGGGGGACGUAGUGGGAUCUCUACACCCAACAGUCCGCCUCGGGCUGCUACUUGCCUCUCUGAACGGCGCUGAGGGUCAUCAUGGCGGACGGGCCGAGUGACCCCCUGUCGUACUUCGCCGCCUACGGGAGCUCGGACUCGGAGUCAGACACGGAGCCGGAGGCGGUGUCGCCGGAAACCCAGGCUGCCGAGAGCAACGCGCUCCCGGGCCCACGCCUCGCUCUCCCCGCCCCCGAAGAGCUGUUCGGCCACGUGUCCCGGCCCAGCUUCUUGAGCGACCCACGGAAAGGUCGCAUCGACUGGGAGCGCCGGCUGGUGCGAGCCCCGGAGGAGCCACCAAGGGAGUUCAAAGUGUGGAAGAACAAUGCCGUACCGCCACCAGAAACCUACGCAGUGGAGGAGAGGAAGGCGCCAUCAGGUGCGGACAUGGCGGUGAGGUGGUCCAGCAUGUACCAGGACAACGGGGAGGACGCUCCUCAGCGCACAUCCGGCCUACCUGCCGAGGCAGCGGAGGUCGUUGGGUCAGAUGAGGAGAAUAGCGAGGAACCUUCUGGCAAGAAACGUAAAGUGGAGACGUUCCAGCAGAAGGAGAAGAGGAAACGGAAUGAGGGGCAGGCCAACAGGGAGAAGAGUUUCGUUGAGGAAGAAAAGCGAAUCCUCAGGCAGGAAUUCUGCUUCAAGGAGUGAAGUGAUCUGUGGCUGAAUGUAGCAUACACUGAAUUCCUUCUGCUUGUCCACAAUCAUAGUGGCUGCUGUCCUCGCAAACCAGAGGCUCCAUUAUCGUCACAAAGCCAGAGCCAGACUGUCAGUUGUGUGUGGAAGACACAGCCAUAGGGACAUAAGACAUGGAGCAAUAUUAGACCAUCUGGGCCAUCAGUUCUGCUCCGCAUUUCCACCAUGGCUGACUUAUUAUCUCUGUCAACCUCAUUCUCCUACUUUCUCCCCGUAACCUCUAUUCUGAGGCUGUGCCCUCUGGUCCUAGACUCCCCCACUACAAGAAACAUCCUACCACUUCCAUAAUGCGAUAAUUUUCAAUGAGAUCCCCCCUCAUUUUUCUAAACUCCAUUGAGUACAGGCCCAGAGCCACCAAACGCUUCUCAUACAACUCUGUGUGGAACAUUAAAUAUCCGGUGAAGUGUGUGUGUAUUGAUUACUGGAUUCCUUCAGAUGUAUAGGGAAGAAAUCCCCUUAAGCUGUGCCAAUAGUAGGCAAACUAUCAAACGUUGUGACACAGACUUGAUACCGCAUUGUUAAUUUAACAAGCAUCAUGUGAUGUUUUUCGGGCACGGUGCAGUGAAGAGAGUACUGCUCAAACAGAAGGCUGACUGGUCACAUUUUCUGUCGUGUAGCUGGUGAACUGGCACCUUAACAACAUGAUCCACUUUCUUCAUGUAUUUACUAUUAAAGGUAUUUUUUCCAGCAUUCCUAGUCUGCUGAAUGUUGAAUAUGUAACGAGUUCAAGUUCAGCCAUACACAUGAACACAGCUAAACCUCUGGGGCCAAGGUGCAAAACUUCUGUACCAACAGUCACACAUAGCAUAGAUAACAUGUAAACAUCAUUAACAAAAACUAUGUUACCAUCAUGGCUACCGGAAUUUGUCCGUAAUGUAAGUGAGUGAAGUCGUAAGGAAGGCAUUUGACAUGCUUGCCUUCAUUGGCAGGGGCGUUGAAUAGACAAUAAGACACAGGAGCAGAGUUAGGCUACUGGGCCCAUUAAGUCUGCUCCACCAUUCGAUCAUGGCUGAUUUAUACUCAGCGGCCACUUUAUUAGGUUCCUCCUGUUCCUGUAGACCUUACACUUUAACGUUUGACGUGUGUUUAGAGAUUACUGUGUAACGUCAGUUUGAACUACUGUCGCCUUCCUGCCAGUUUAAACCAAUCUGGCUAUUUUUCUCUGACAUCCCUCAUGAACAAGGUGUAUUUGCCCACAAUUUUGCGCAUGAGAACACCAGGAGAUCAGCAGAUGUUGAGACAGUCGAACCACCCUGUCUGGCACCAACAGCCAAAGUCACUGAGUUGGCUCUUUGCCCCAUUCUGAUGUUUGGUCUGAACAGCAAUUGAACCUCUUGACCAUGUCUGCAUGCUCUUGUGCAUCGAGUUGCUGAUACAUGAUUGGCUGAUUAGAUAUUUGCAUUAAUGAGCAGCAGUGCCUAAUAGACUGGCCACAGAGUGUAUUUUCCCUCUCAAUACCAUUCUCCUGCCUUCUUUCUGUAACAUUUGACACACUUGCAAGUAUCUAUCAACUUAUAACAUAGAGCAUUACAGGCCCUUCAGUCCAUGAUGUUUUGCUGAACUUGUAGCUGAGAAAAGGUUAAUGUGGGAAUGAGGCAUGGACUGUUCCUCUCUGACCUGCUGAGUGUUUCUAUAUGUAUUAAAUUCAGUGUUAAAAGUACAAUUAUUAUUAAAGUAUGUAUACUAUAUACAACA